AUGGGCAGCGUUUGGUCCCAUCUAUGGGAGCCCCAGUGUGGUCAAGGCGCAAAAUGGCAACGAUUGCCCCAUCCUCAUCCUUUUCUCAACGGCCGCCUGGCAGGUCACUCUCUGCUCGGUGGAGAUGACGAGUCUUCGCUGAAUGCCAGGUAUGACAUGGACCUCUUUCCUCAGAAAAUCGGCGAGGGGCAGUUUUCGAAGGCGUACGUCUGCUGGAGUAAGGAGGAUUCUUCUCAGCGCUACGCCUUGAAGGUCUUCACGCCGGAUGAGGGCGCCGAGCAUGCCACAAAUGAGAUUCGAGUGCUCCUCCUGCUGGGCCAGCACCCUCGAAUCAUUCGUCUCGUUGACCUCCACCACGAGGAAUCUCGAAACAUGCGCCUGGUGCUGGAGCUUUGUGCAGGCGGCCAGCUCUUCGAUCGCUUGGUGUCUCGUGGCCGAUACAAGGCGACGAAGGCUGCUUGCGUCGUCCAGGAGAUUUUGGAGGCCCUUGCGUAUAUGCACGGCAAGGGUGUGAUGCAUCGGGAUCUGAAGCCAGAGAACGUCCUCCUCGUGUCUCCUGUAAGCGACAUUGACAUCAAGGUCUGCGACUUCGGGAUUGCGAAGAUGGCGGAGCGCUCUGACGGCAGCGUUGUCCGAUCCGCGCGGGUGAUCCAAAGUCGACCCUGGCCGCAAUCCUGGCCGCGCUCCACCUCCUUCAAAGGGUCAGAUUUCUAUCUUGCACCAGAAAUGCUGCGACAGGAAGAGUAUGGCCCGGAAAUCGACCUUUGGUCCUUGGGCGUGACGACCUUCUCGCUGAUCAGCGGCUCUCUGCCCUUCGUCGGCGAAGGAGGCGCGGAGGACUUACGAGGAACCUACAGCAAAAUCGUCCACCGAGACAUCAGAUUCGACGGCCAGGCUUGGGAAGAGGCGCCAGCCACAGCAGCGGACUUCAUCCUCCAGCUGCUCAGCUUGGAUCCCGCCCAGCGCCCCAGCGCUGCGCAGGCGCUGUCCCACGGCUUCGUGAAGUCGGCGCUGGAGUCGUUUGUCGACAGUGACGAGGACGAGGAGGAGGAAGAGGAGGAAGACGAGUCGGAUCUCCAGCUGGACGAAUUAGAGUCAGAAGGGGGAUUGCAACCUGGCUGCCUGCCAGCGAUUCCACUCAGCAACGAUGGCCUGGCAGCGAUGUCGCAGCGACGCGCCGUCUACGCUGCCAAAUUCCUCAGGCCGCCGAGCUGGACGAAGCGGCUGCUGCUCCGGGAAAAGCCCCGGGUGCUGACAGGGCCUUUCGAAAACCCUGUGCGCCGCUGGGUCCGGCUGCGGGAGAAGGCGCGGCAGUUUGCGGAGCUCCCGCCGCCACGGCGAAUCCCCGUGCCAAAGCCUGCACGGCCGAAGCUGCUCCAGGCUGUGGAAGGAGUGCCGCGGGUGAACCCAGAGGCGCUCCAACGUCGCCUGGAUUUCCUCCUCUCUGAUGCUGCUGUGAAGCAGCAGCUGGCCGCACCCCUUCGGCCUGGUUUGAGUCCAUACUUCGUGGAGUUCCAGUGCUGGAGCAGGCAGCUGCGUGAGAUCCGGCGCGUCUACCGCGCUCAGUAUCUCCAGAAGCUGGCUGAGGUCACGGAAGUGGAGAGGGCGCGGGAGGCGGAGCUGUACCAGAAAGAGCGGCAGCAGCGACAGGAGAGGAAGCAGGCGAACAUGCAGCGCAUCGGCGAGGAUAUGAAGCGCCGGGCAAUCCUGCGAGACCGGAAACGCAUUGAGUCCAAGGUCAACGAGGUGGAUUCCAGUCAGACGCUACACUUUUCCAUCUUCUACACGCCCGAGGGCAACAAUACCUACAAGAAGACCCGGCAGCAGACGAUCAUGCGACGAAUCUUGGAGGAGCAUCUUUUUCAGACUCACUCCGGUGACCAGCACACGGUGGUCAAGUCCAAGGUCUCGUCGCUGGACGAUGCGGACUGGCUCUUCCGCUUCUCCUCAGACACGAAGCCCGCGGCUUACAAGGCCCAAGCCGGCUUCGACUACACCGAGGGCAUCCUGCGGCUGCAGGCCUCAAGCCUCUUCGAGUACCCAAAGCUGGUGGUCUGGAAACACGUGGAUAAGGUGGUUUACACCCUGAUCUGCGAGCCCUUGGAUAAUCCCUUGCUGGCAUCCAGCUUCCUAACGCUCUUCGUGCACGAGUUGAGCGACCACUUCCGCAAGGCUGGGAGCCUGGUGGAUGAAGUCUCUGCUCGUCCCGACGAGGUCUUGGCCAUCUUGAACUUCAUGCUUCCUGGCGGCCAAUUGCUCUUCGUCAACUCCAACCUCCAUCGCUUCAACAAGUCGCAGAUCUCGCAGGUGCUGAGCCAAAAGGCCAUCGAGAUGGCGCGGCGCUCCAAGCUGAAGCGCCAGCGUCUCUUCUGGUUUCGCCGGAUGGAGACCCUGUCGAGGCUGGUGGUGUCCUCGGAGAACUUGGAGGAGGCGUUCGCGGCUUUCCCAGACUCACAGGCUCCCUCGUCCUCGGGCAGCACCACGAGCAGCCCCUCGGGUGUGCUCCUGAGUCGGAACGUCUCCAUUCCCUACUUGCUGCGCCAGUUCGGUGGCUCCAAGGCUGACCCGCAGCAGAAGAACCGCCGAAUUCCGGGCAUCGACAACGUCAAGCGCGAGAUCCUGCAGAUGUCCUAUGACAUCCUCGGCGAGGACGAGGAGCGCUACGAGGCCGAGGUCCCGCAAGAGGCCGAUUGGAGGAGCCGUGCCCAGCAGCUCUAUGGCGAUGGCAUCUUCAAUCAUGAGCAGAAGAUGGCUCUCCUCGACCAGAAGAUUGCCAUGCUGAAGGGGGCGCAGAAGUUCGAGGAGCAGAAGGGCCGGGCGGACCUGAUCACCACGAAGCUCAUUGACGAGCUGGAAGCGGUGAGGGAAGCGGAGCUCGAAAAAUCACAGCAGGAAGAACUGAAGGCAAAGCAACAAAGCCAGCGCGGAGAAGACCCGCAGGGAAUGCCCGCGUACGAUCCAGCCGGUCGCAUCACUUGA